ACAGUCCUCACCCUCACACACUUCACACACACUUCACACCGGAGACAGACGCCGGACACACCGUCAGCAGCAGACGCUCGCAGACUCCGGCUGAUUCUUCUCAGACUCUCAGUGGAGUCACAGUAGAUCGAUAGAGCUUGCAGAUCCCUGACUCGACCCGCUCAGACCUCGGUGAUGACGAGCGCGGCGGCGGCGCAGGUCAGGAGGAAGGCCCGGGAGGAGGACGCUGUCGGCAGCUGGAUCAACGCCGUGCCCUUCAACCAGCAGGACUUUGAGCAGCUGCGGAGCGAGUGUCUGCAGAGCGGCUCGCUCUUCUGUGACCCGACCUUCCCCGCCGACUGGGACGCACUGGGAUACAACCAGCUGGGACGGCACUCAUCCAAGACCGUUGGCGUGGAGUGGAAACGGCCGUCGGAGCUGUGUUCUGAUCCUCAGUUUACUGUUGAUGAAGCAAAGAGAACAGACAUCUGCCAGGGAGCUCUGGGUGACUGCUGGCUGCUGGCCGCCGUCGCCUCUCUGACUCUGGACCCUCAGAUUCUGAGCAGAGUGGUACCUCCUGGUCAGAGCUUCACGUCUCAGUACGCCGGCAUCUUCCACUUCCAGCUGUGGCAGUACGGGGAGUGGGUGGACGUCGUCGUGGACGACCGGCUGCCAACCAGAGACGGGAAGCUGCUGUUUGUCCACUCGGCUGAGGGACGAGAGUUCUGGAGCCCCCUGCUGGAGAAGGCCUACGCCAAGGUGAGCAGUUCGUACGAGGCUCUGACCGGAGGCUCCAGCGUCGAGGGUUUUGAGGAUUUCACCGGAGGCAUCGCCGAGAGCUACGACCUGAAGGAGGCUCCGCCCUUCCUGUUCAACAUCAUGACGAAAGCUCUGAAGCUCGGCUCGCUGCUCGGCUGCUCCAUCGACAUUUCCAGCUCGUACGAUACGGAGGCCAUCACCGGUCAGAAGCUCGUGAAAGGCCACGCCUACUCCGUCACUGCAGCUGAGCGGGUGCUUCGCUGUGGUUCUUCUGUGGAGCUGCUGAGGAUCAGGAACCCGUGGGGUCAAGUGGAGUGGACCGGAGCCUGGAGCGACGAAUCGACGGAAUGGGACGACGUGGAGGAGGAGGAGAGGAGGAAGCUGGACCACUCUGCUGACGAUGGAGAGUUCUGGAUGUCCUACGCCGACUUCCUGCAGCAGUUUUCCCGUCUUGACAUCUGCAACCUGACGCCCGACACGCUGACUAGUGACGAGGUCGGUCACUGGAACUGCGCUGAGUUUGAAGGCGUGUGGAGGGUCGGCUCCACCGCCGGCGGCUGCAGGAACAAUGCCGCCACUUUCUGCUCCAACCCUCAGUUCCUCGUCCGGCUGCAGGACGUGGACGACGACCCUCACGACGGCGAGGACGGCUGCACCGUCCUGGUCGGCCUGAUGCAAAAAGACACUCGCAGGGAGAGACGCUUUGGACGAGACCUCAACACCAUCGGAUUCACCAUCUACAAGGUCCCUGAUGAGUUUGAAGGUCGCAGUAACGUCCACUUGGGCCCGGACGUCCUGCUGAGGACGGCGGCUGUGGCUCGCAGUCAGAACUUCAUCAACCUGAGGGAGGUUUUCGACCGCUUCAAACUGCCGCCUGGAGAGUACAUCAUCAUCCCUUCCACCUUCGAUCCGCACCUUAAAGGAAGCUUCAUCCUGAGGGUGUUCACCGAGAAAGAGGCCCACAGCAGUCCGAUGGAAGAGGACCUAGACGCCGAUAUAGACGAGCCUGAUGUCGGACACAACGACGUGGACCCUCACUUCAAACGUCUCUUUGUCCAGAUCUCAGGAAACGACUCUGAAAUUUCAGCCUUCGAGCUCCAGCAGAUUCUGGACAAGGUGGUCGCUCAGAGGUCUGAUGUGAAAACCAAUGGUUUCAGUCUGCAGACCUGUCGCAGCAUCAUCAGCCUGCUGGACAUGGACGGUGACACUAAACUUGGUCUGGUGGAGUUUCACACUCUGUGGACAAAGAUCCAGAGAUACCUGGAAGUCUUUAAGGGCCACGACUCGGACAGUUCUGGUACAGUGAGCAGUCAUGAGAUGAGAGCAGCUCUGGCUGAAGCUGGUUUCCAGGUGAACAGCGCUGUGAUCCAGGAAGUCGUCGGCCGAUUCGCUGACUCCAGUUUCGCCAUCGACUUUGACUCUUUCAUUGGUUGUUUGAUCCGUCUGGAGCUUCUCUUCAGAGUGUUCAGAACUCUUGACAAGAAGAACCGGGGGCAGAUCGAACUGGACCUGCAGCAGUGGCUCUGCCUCGCCAUCAACUAACCAGUGGCUUCUCCAGGAGCAUGCUGGGAGUUCUCACCUGCCACACCUGCAGGCAUCUGAUUUAAAUUCAACGAAUCAGAUUGAACGAUCUAAUUAAACAUAUUACAUUUAUUUUAUUAAAUUUAACUAAAGGCUUUGAUAAUUAAAUUAAAAUCUCCCCUAAAUUUAACCUGAUUAAUUUGAUCAAAGUGUAAUUUCAAUCUGAUUUAAAUUAAUUACGAAUCUAACCUCAUUAAAAAUCUGAUCAAUAUUAAGUAUUAAGUUAAUUCAUUUUCAUAAAUCUGAUCUGAAUGUGAUGCUGCUUGUUUCUGUUUCUUUUAUCUCACUUCCUUUGGAUUAGAAAAUCUAAAUAAAACAAUGUGGACAUG